AGGCACAAAAGCAUACGAGAGGAGGAAAGUAGGUGAAGUGGGUUCGUAUACUGAUGACAACGUGUUUAUUUAAUUUAACAAUAUCCACAUAUUGAUAUUCACAAAAUAGAUAUAAAUACUUGUGUCAUAAUAUAGCAAUACACAAGCUUAUACAUAUAGCCCUUACUAAUAGUGUGUGAGUGUGGGUGAGAAUGGGAUCAAUGGCUCAGAAAUCGGCAUUGAUACUAUGUGGAGAUUACAUGGAAGCCUACGAGACCUUGACGCCACUCUACGUUCUGGAGGCGUUUGGCGUUCGCGUUCACUGCGUUUCCCCUGGUCGCAAAGCCGGCCAAAAGUGCGUUAUGGCCGCUCACGAUUUCUUGGAAUUCGAGCUAUACACCGAGCUGGUGGUCGAUCACGUAACGCUAAACGCGAACUUCGAUGACGUCAUACCGGAGAACUACGACGUCAUCAUCGUCCCCGGCGGCCGGUUCACGGAGCUUUUAAGCACCGACGAGAAAUGUGUAGGCCUCGUGGCUCGCUUCGCCGAGCUGAAGAAGCUGGUUUUCACGCCCUGCCACAGCCAGCUGAUGCUGGCAGCGGCCGGGCUGCUGACAGGUGGGAUGACGUGUACGGCUUUCGAGAGCCUAAAGCCGGUGAUCGAGCUCUCCAGCGGCGAGUGGUGGCAACAGCCCGGCGUUAAGAGCGUUGUGGAAAUAACGGAUUGCGUUAAGGACGGUAACUUUGUGAGCACGCUCGGUUGGCCAACGCAUGGUAAAUGGCUUAGGGUUUUGUUCGAGUCUUUGGGGGCUAAGAUCUGCAACUCCAAACACAAGAACCCUUCCGUCCUCUUCCUCAUCGGGGAUUACGUCGAGGACCAUGGCAUAAACAUUCCGUUCAGAGCUUUACAAGCUGUUGGGUGCAACGUCGAUGUGGUGACGCCGAACAAGAAGAAAGGAGAGAGAUGCGUGACUUUGGUCUAUGACGUGGAGGAAGGGAAGCAGCUUCCGACAGAGAAGCGCGGCCAUAACUUCUACUUGACGGCCACGUGGGACGAGAUCAGGGUGGAUGACUAUGACUGCGUCGUGGUUCCGGGAGGGAGGUCGCCGGAGCUACUCGUGCAGAUCGGAAAGGCAGUUGAUUUGGUGAAGGAUUUCGUCGAGAAGGGUAAGAUCGUUGCCGGUUUCGGACAGGGCAAAUGGCUGCUUGCUCCGACCGGUGUUCUCAAGGGGAAGCGAUGUGCGAGCGGCUAUGGGAUGAAGGUGAUCGUGAAGGUCGCCGGAGGAGAGGUGGUGGAGUCGGAGGGAUGUGUCGCCGACGGCCAGCUCGUGACGGCGGCGACACUCUCCGACAUGUCUUCCUUUCUGUCCGCUUUGUCCGAUGCUCUUGGCAUCUCUCUUGUGUUCUAGUCGUGAAUGAAUGAAUGCAUCAAUGUGUUUUAUUUUAAGAACGAGGUUUAUGUUUCAUUAAAAAUACUUUCUUCUUGUAGUAUCCGAUCUGAUUCUCGGUUCCAUGUUCAAGAUCUUAAACAUUCGGACCAAAUAAUCAAAUGUUUAAAAUUAUUCAG